GAUAGUCUUGUUUGAAUCAGCCUCUGCAGGCCCAGUCGUGGCUGCAGAGGAGGAUGAGGAGACUGAGGACCGUCGCUCUGCUGUUGCCAAUUGGACCCUGAAUUUCGUCCUGCUGCGGGUUACGUUGGGGUGUGCCUCCACGGUAGCGAACCCUAUCGAUCAGGCGGCCAUUUUGUUUGGGCAUUUGAAGCACGUGCAGAAGCUCGUUGCCUGGGCCACAAACUGUGUGACUCAGGGGAGUACGCCCGUCCUGCGCCGUGCUUCGCAAUGCAUGAAGUUUGAAGGUCUUCCCUCCAAGAAAUUGCUUGUUGUCGACAGAGGUGAGAGCUCCCAGAAGCAGGAGAGACACAGCAAGAAGAAAGAAAAGAAACCCCGGCGCGGGAAGUCUGACCGCGAAAACCGACUCGAAAAGGAACUGCAGAUGCUCCAGGCAGAGAAGGCAGCCAGGGAAGCUACAGCUGAAAAGGACAAACUGAUGCAAGAAAUGGAAAGCAAAGUGGCCGCCGUACAGCAAGACCUGCUGGCACAGCUCAGCAAGUUUCCAGGAGCCAGAGCACAACCUGACCACAAGCCCGGGCCUCCAAAGAACCAGGACCAAGGUCAGAACCAAGUGAAGGACCAGCCAUUGACGCCAGCAGAAAAGAUGGCCAUUUUCCACGCGCUUGGGUCCUAUGAAGGUGUGAAAGAGUGCAAUCAGUGGUCCGAGUUUGAAAGCCGCCUUGCCAAGGAAGACAUGGAAAGGCUGAAAGUGUUGUUUCGUCACGUUCACCGAAGAGGGAAUCUCCCUAGGUCUACAGCCACCAUUGUGCCCAAGAUCCUGGCUGGAUUGAAAGCAUCGCUGGAAGAAUUCGCUCAGCCAUGA